AUAACCUCGGCUCCAUUGAAGCGCGAGCGCUCGCGCAUGCGCACUUCGUCGCGUGCGCUCUGCUGCAGUGACAGUGUAGAUCAGUGUUUAGCUUUUAGCCACCGGGCCUCGUACUGCAGCACGGUUCAGGCCAAAUCCUGACCACAUGUGACCAGAUCCCAACAAAAAGCCGAUCUCAAAAAAAGGAGGUGGAGGACAAACAGGUGGUUGACAACAGAAAGUGGGACAGACAUGGGCGAUUAUGAAAAUGUGAAAGCAGAGGAGCUGCUUGUUUCGUCAGAGGAGCAGCAGCAAUAUGUAAUUCUGCCCUGUCCCACUGACAGUCAUCAGCAUUGUCUGACUGGGGAAUCUCCCCUUUUAAAUGACUCAAUGAAUGAGAAAAAGAGAAAGGCAGAGGGAGGGACUGAUGACAUGAUGGAGCAGACAGAUGAGGACCAAACCAUCCUGCCAGCACAGAGGACCAGUAUGCCAACCAUGGAACCAGUACCUUUGCAAACUACUGACGAAAUAAAUCAGAAUGUACCCUGUAAGACCGGGGAAACAGAAUUCAUGGAAAUGCUUAAACAGGACAAUAAAUUAGACUUUCCCACAUCUGAAGCUGAUGCUGACCAGGACCCAGACUGUGACCGGAAGAUCAAUCCCGAUGGCAACCACCAGGGCUCACGCAUGUUCUUUUGUCAGCACUGUCAAAGGCGAUUUACCACCAAGCAAGGCCUGGAAAGGCACAUGCAUGCAAUGUCAUCCUGCCACCAACAGAUAUUUAAAUGCCGCUUCUGCAGAAAGUGUUUUAGUACACAGUUCUGCCGUCGACGACAUGAGAGAAGACAUAAUAACGGCAAUAGAAGGACAGGUGGUCUCAUAAUUAGCCCCGCUCCCCAGGUUGUUCACGAGACUCAAGGAAUUGUCUCUUUGGAAAAGGAAGACGAACUUUCCCUGACCUCCCAGGUGGUCAGUAACUUUCCUGUGCCUGAUUUAGAGGUAAAAGAUGAUUCGGAUGAAUUUAGAGAGACUAAGUGCUUGUUUGUCUGUAAGUACUGCAAGAAAUCAUUUGGAACUCACACCAGCUUGCGAAGGCAUGAGCGCAGGAUACACGAGCGCCGUCUGUUACCGAGAGGAGCCUGUCAGAAAGUUGUGAAUUCUCAUGAGGUUAAAAUUCAGAGUUCUGGUGGUGGACCAGAAACCUCUUCCAAUGCACAGCAACACAGCAAUGAGGUAAGACAAGAAGAGGAGUAUAUGGUUGAUAUUUCUGGCAACAUUUCAGAGAACCUUAGCUUCUACAUUGAUGGCAAGAUCAUCUCCACCAGUGCUGUCACCAACUGUGAAGUGAUGGAGCUGAAUUCUGCUGCUGCUGUGAUUGGUUUGGAUGCCUUAAUUGUCAAUCCUGCUCAAAUUACACAGGCUUUUAAAAUUGAAUCUAAUGACUGCAGUAUGACUUCUGACCUUAGUGGUCAGUCCUCUAGCAGAAGGAGGACAUCUACACCACCUUUAUUGCCACAAAUCAAAACAGAAUUGGAGUCUGAAUCUAUCUUAACAACACCUUCCUCUACCUCCGAAAGUACACUGAUUGGCACGGUUUUCCCCAGAACAUUAGAGACCAUUGUUUUACAAAAAGAGAAAACUAUUUAUCUGUCCCCCAAGCUAAAGCAGCUCUUACAAAACCAGGACAGCAGUAAGUCAUCAUUUUCUCUGAUCACUGAAGGCCAAAAACUCUGUCCACCUUUACCACUAACACUUUUACCUGCAACAAGUAGCAGGUUUAAAAGAAGGACUUCAUCCCCACCUCCAAACUGUCCACAGCAAAGCAGUGCAUCAAUGCUGAAAUCCAGUGUUGAGCAGGAAACUGAUUCUUCUGCACCUAAAAUGCCAAAGAUAGACAGCCACUGCACAUCUGCAAUGAGUCUAUCUAAAAAAGAAGAAAUGGGAACCGUAAAUCUAGCCCCAAACAAUAAUGAAACCAGUCAGGAGCUAUUGGACUGCUCUGCAUCAGGAACUGGUGGCAGGUCAUGCAAUCAGCAGCCAUUAGAUCUCUCCAGUGCUGUGGGUAAGAGAGAGAGUGAGAUCUUAGCUGAUUGUGUUCUGGAUCUGAGCAUGAAUAGAAAGAGUACAGAGUCUGACUCCGCUGGAUGUUUUGCUUUACAGACAUCAGUUAGGAAGACUAAACCCAACUCAAGCAUGUUGGAGAAAGUAUUGCUAAACCAGUAUGCUGUAGUAGAUGUUUCUGCACCAGCAGAUGGCAUUAUCAGUGCUCCUACUGCAACCGAUCUAGCAGCAAUAGCUGUGUCUGAGCCAGUUCUUGAGAACCAUGAAAAUGUUGUGCUUGAACAGGCUCCACCCUCUACUCCUUCACUGAAUGCGACACCUUCUCUGCCAAAUUCUGCUACACUGAACACUUCUUCAGCCAAACCUAUUUUAACUACUCAAGAGCCCACAGAGAUAUUCCUACCAGCACAGACAUCCAUAACCAAUCAAGAGCUUCACCCGAUCUGCUCCACUGCUCAGUCCUCAAGUCCUGUAGUGCUCAGUGGACCUGUGGAACUUUCUGUCGGAAGUUCAUUGGCAGCAUUUAAUGUGUCUCUUCCCAAUUGGCUUAAUACUGCCCCUGGAAGUGUGACCCAUGCGCUCAUCCCCACAACCCCAACACUAAGUUUACAAAGUCCUCAGUUUCUUACAGAUGCAUCUGUGUGUGAUCUAGCACAAAGGACCCUGGUGAUUGAUUCUGUCUUGUCACCUGAAACACAGCUUAUUUCUCCUGUGUUGGUAAACCAGUCUAACAUCAGUUCCCUCAGUUUUUCUCCGAAUGUUGUUGUUAUUGAGUAUACUGUUGCACUGGAGUCCUCUAACGCUACCCCCUUUCCCCAAGCUAAUGCUGUGGACUCUGAUUUUGAUAAAACAUCACCAGAUCACACUGAUACACAAAAACCCCAGCCAUCUCAAUUAAAGACUUCAAACACUGAACCAUCAGUUCCAGAACUGCCAGAGACUGGCACUGUUGAGGCUCAAGAUGAAGCAUCUGACUCAUCAUCUAUUGAAGGAUCAUUGGAGAAUGAUGCAGUACUGCCAUUACUUGGUUCCAGUGUUUCACAAAAUGUGGAGACAACUGUGGAGCUUGCAGAAAAUGCAUCCUCCACUGAGAAUUUUAAAGUUGAAAUUUCAGACUUGUCCAUCCAGCACAACCCUCUGAAUGACGAAAUUGCCCUGCCUCCUUUAUGCAAGCGCUUUAUGUGUAAUGCCUGUGAUGAGCUCUUCCAGUCCAUGAAGGGCCUAAGUCAGCAUAUUGGUGAACACUCAGACACUUGGCCAUAUAAGUGUGAGUUUUGUGUGCAACUGUUUGAGACAGACACAGAUUUAUUUGAGCACCGAUCCAGUUAUCAUGGCAUUGGUAAAAUCUAUGUCUGCAGAAUAUGCUCCAAAGAGUUUGCCUUUCUUUGUAACCUAGAGCAACAUCAUCGAGAUCUCCAUCCUGGACAGGAGUGCUCUCACACUGAAGUAGAAAAUGGUAAGUUAAGACCUGAAAACCAUAAUAGUCCAGUGAGAUCUGACACGGUUACCACAGAGUGUCCUUCAAUAGACAAGUGUGGCCCGUCCUUUGAAACAGCUCUAAAACCAGAGCCUGGCAACAUCUCUGAAAACACUACUGAGGAGUUAUACACUACCAUCAAGAUUAUGGCAUCUGAAGGUGUCAAGCCUAAAGGUACAGAUGUAAGGCUUGGUAUUAACCAGCAUUAUCCAAGCUUUAAGCCACCUCCAUUUCCAUAUCACAACCGAACACCAGUUGAACCAACCACCACAGCCACUAACUUCACCACUCAUAAUAUCCCACAGACUUUCAGCACUACAGUUCGCUGCACCAAGUGUGGCAGGGGUUUUGACAACAUGCCCGAACUGCACAAGCACAUAUUAGCCUGUGCUAAUGCGAGUGACAAAAAACGCUACACUCCAAAAAAGAACCCCAUUCCACUCAAGCAGUUUGCAAAAGUGCAAAAUGGAGUUUUGUUGCCUGCAAGAGGAGUCAACCUUAGGCAGAAUGUCUCCCAAAAGCUACCAAAAAAGCCCCAAUGCCAUGAGUCAGAAGCUAAGACAAAGCUGGGUUCUCAUAGUAAGAGGAAAUCUAUGUGGAUACAGAGAGGCAGGCCAGUAGGGCGAAAGAGUUCACAGGAAGAGCUGGAGGUUUAUGUUUGUCCUCAUUGCAGCAGGGAGUUCACUUACCAUACCAGCCUGAAGAAACAUAUGGCUUUCAGCUGCCCAAUGAAGCCUAUUUGCAGGAAGCCUCCAAAAAGAAAAGGUAGCAUGGCACCAACACAGGAAAACCAUGGACGGGUCCACACACGGGUAUCAGAAGUAAUAAUGAAGCCACAAAGGUUAAACCAAGGACAGAAAUCAUUAGCAAAAACACAACCCAAUGAGCCUGGUUCAGCCAGCAGUGUGAAUCUACCAGUCAAGGCUCAUAUUGGCAAAGGAAAAUUUACUGUCCGUAAUUACAGGCCUAAAACAUCCGAUAUUCUCUCAAGCUCUGCAGAUCACAUAAGUAAAAAAAGUAGACUCAUUCUGAUGGAAACCAUUCAGUCACCAAUAGCGUCAAAGUCUUUAGUAGCACUAGGGAAAUCUCAGCAGCAGAGCAAUGGGGUACACUGUUUGGAGAGCAAAAUAAAGCAACGAGAUAUAGAGUUGAAGCCCAGCACAGAGGAACAGUUCUCUCUGCGAGUGAGAGGUCCCAUUACUCGCAGUCUACAGCAUGUUUCAUCUAAUGUCACAUCCAAUACUAACAAAAAAGCUAACUCGACUAAUCCAACCAAAUCCUUUGUCCAGACAGGUGAUCAAAAUGUCACUCAUCAAGCAGUUGUAGAGUCAAAAAAAUUGAAUUAAAGUAUAAAAAAAAAAAAACAAGCAUUAACAAUGAAACUUUUGGCCUUGAUCUAUGGUGAGGCUAUCUGUAAAUCUUAUCUACUGAGUUAUAUGUUUUUUUAAUAGAAAACUUUAACAUUAUAAGGAAACCUUGGUGAGAAUGGUUGCAAAUUAGAUUUCUUAACUGUGCUCAAACCUGCAGUGUCCUUUUAACAAGGGUACUUGUUUAUAGUAAGCUAACAAGACAACGUCUGUAGCAUAAAUACAUUCAUAAAUAUCACCUAAAAUCGUUUGAACCUGUAUUCAUCUUUCUAGUCCUUAUAUACCCAACACUGCAUAUUUCUCUAUUUUCCUGUCUCAUUAACAAACUCCAUGCGGUUUAUUAGUAAGUAUGGUGAGAGUAUAAAAAGAAACAAAAAAGCAUUUUUAUAUAGUAUAAUCCUUUGCAAAUUGGCCAUGUAUAACUAAAUGGUUUAAAAAGUGGUUAGAUUAGACCAACAUUACAUUAAAUUUCAGAUCAUAUGCCUAAAAAUAUGUUAACAGAGUGAUCAUGAUCCUAUUGGCAUGAUGCAACCUCAUGCCACUAAUCUGGUCUGAAAUAUUCCUAUAAAAUCUAUUAUUAUGUAUGAACUAAUGAUAAGGGCCUCCAGUAAUUUCUCAUAGAAUGUUGUAGAUUAUAUAAUGUUUAUCUGUCCUUAAAUUUGUUUUGUAUUAAACCUGAUACCCCAUAUCUAAAUAAUGCACUUAUUUUGUAUAGUUUAUAAAUGUCAGCUUUAAACUGUUUCCAUAUGUUCAACAAUAGUAUGAUCAGUGCUAAAGCUAUUAUUACUGCUUCUCAGUUGGAAACAUCUUGUUUCUAAACUAACUGAAAACGAUCAAAAGACUUAAUAAAAGUCAAACACUUUUCUUUAUUAUUUAUGCACUUUAUUACAAUACAAUCAUUAGUGUCAGAAUGCAAUAAUUGGCUAUUACUGAAGACGUCAUUGAAUUACUAAAUAUUAAUUUCAUAGCAAACGAAUAUAUGUAAACUCCUCAUUUGUUAAUCGUAGAAUGCACCAUUUAUCUGAUAUUUAUUUUCAUACAUGUAAAUGUGGUGGCUGGUAGAUUUGAUUUGUGUUUAAAGGUGCAUUUUCUGAUAAGCAAAAGUGAGUGACAUAGUGUUAACAAAAAUAAAGCAAGUAAGACUGGGUCAGCAUGCCACUUUUUACCACAUCACAAUGUGUUCUAUCACUGUAAAUGGGCCAACAUCUGAGACAGGAAACAUGCAGUCUGUUCUGAGACUAGACUCUUAAGCACAUACAAUGUAGCAUUUGUUGUGUUAAUUAUAUUGGUGUCCUUCUGCGUAUAUGUUUGAAAAACAAUUGUUCUGUGAUUUGCACAAUCUGUGUUUAUAAGCCUAUAAUGUGUUGAAUUUUGGGAACAGUACUGUCGAUAAUAUUUGGGGGAAAACACCUAGAGAAAAGCCUUAUACUUUUCUGAUAAGAACGUAGCUCUGCUGAGGCAAGCUGCUAUACUGAUUAAUUAUAUUUUGCUUUAGCACUGAAGGACUAGUAUUAGAUUAGGAUCUGUGUAAAUAUGUCACUAACAGGGUUUUUUCGUUGUUGUUGUUGUUACGAGUUAUAAUGGGUAAAUGAACGGUAAUAAGGGUUCACUGGUAUAUGUUUACAUUAGGGCCCAUCACACAAAAAUGGCCUGCUGAUUAGCUGAAAUAAUAAGUUGCUUUUUGUAUAUAAUAAAAUGCUAGUAAAAAUUGAAGUACAUAAGCAAAAGUAUACAGUCUCAAACUUGAAUACUGCUGGUUAUUAAACAGCAGUUUCAAUCAGAUUGUGGGUUGAGACUUAAUUGUUACCUUGUAAACAAAAUGACUUGAUUUAUUUCAUAAAUGCUAGUUUUAUUUUAAAUCACCUUUUUUUGCACAUUGUAAUUCAGCAUAUACUCUACCAUGAACAUCAAAUAUCCUGCUCUCGAGCUACCAAUCUAAAGUCAUGACACGUACUUAACCUGAUGGAGAAGCUGUGAAUUAAAAGGAUCUAUUAAUCCUAAUUUACUUGUGAUAUAUUUGUGGAAAACUAAUGUUAACCUCUGAAGCAUGUUUCUGUUUGAGCCGCAGUGCUUUUGAAAUGCUGUUAUGUAUGUUAAUAAACUGCUCUGUGAUAAA